CCCGCUCGCAUGGGCCGCUCGCUGCCGCGUCUCUCCGCGGCGGCAGCCUGAUGCCGCGGGCAGCAGGAGCACAGUGGUCACAGGCGCCGCCGCUCGGUGACUGUUUCUCUUUGGCGCGGACACGUGGCGGUGAUGAAGACGAUGAAGACGGUGAUGCUCUGUGGUUAACCCGGGAGAUGUUCCACCACAGCAACAUCUUCUUUCUGCAUGACUAUGACCUCCUGCCGCGCCGCGCCGCGCUGCCUGCAGCAGCCCGACAGAGGAUGACGACGCGCCUGCCGUUCGAUGCGCAAAACGAAGACGGCGACGGGAGGAAACGCUGCUGAGUUAAAGUGAGUAGAGGAGCGAGAGGAGCCGGAGGAGGAGGAGGAGAAGAAGGACAAGUGUCAUAAGGUGCGGUAAUGGAGCUGUCGGAGGUGCGGUGUUCGAGCGCCAGCGAGGAGCUCUACACCAUCAACAAGACCCCGAGCAGCAGCAGCAGCAGCAGCAGCAGCGACAACGCACGACCCAAGCGGCUGCUCUGGCAGAACGCGGUGCGGCACAUCACCGAGCAGCGCUUCAUCCACGAGCAGGAAGCAGUAGCAGCAGGAGGAGCAGGAGGAGGAGGAGGAGGAGGCGUGAAGGGCAUCGGAUCGGACGAGUCUUACGACCCGAGCCAGGGCGCGCGUAAGCAGUCUGCGGGUCGGACGUCAGUCGGGGGGGAGCGGCACAACAACGGCGGCACCAAAGUGUUUCCGGAGCGCGGGGGCAGCGGCGGUGACCUGGGCUUUCUCCAGCUGGACUGUGCUCCGACCAACUCGGACUUCUUCCUGAACUGGGGCUACACCUAUCGCGGGGUCAUCUUCCCCACGCUGCGCAACGCCUUCAAGUCACGUGACCUGGAGCGUCUGUACCAGCGCUACUUCCUGGGCCAGCGGCGGAAGUCGGUGGUGGUGAUGAACAUCCUGGACGUGGUGACGAAGCUGACGCUGCUGGUGCUGCACCUGACGCUGGCCUCCGCCCCCAUGGACCCCAUCAAGGGCACGCUGCUGGGCUUUUUCACAGGCAUUGAGGUGGUGAUCUGCGCCCUGGUGGUGGUGCGAAAAGACACCACGUCACACGGGUACCUGCAGUACAGCGGCGCCGUCACCUGGGUGGCCAUGGCCACGCAGAUCCUGGCUGCCGGUCUGGGCUACGGGCUGCUGGGCGAUGGCGUGGGCUACGUCCUCUUCACGCUCUUCGCCACCUACAGCAUGCUGCCGCUGCCCCUCACCUGGGCCAUCAUGGCUGGACUUUUCACGGCAGGGCUCCACCUGCUGGUGCAGCUGCUCAUUUCCCAGAAUGCAAGGCUGUCCACCAAUCAGGUGGCAGCCCAGGCCAUGCUCUUCAUGUGUAUGAACACCGCCGGCAUCUUCAUCAGUUACCUGUCGGACCGCGCACAGCGCCAGGCCUUCCUGGAGACGCGGCGUUGCAUCGAGGCUCGCCUCAGGCUGGAGACAGAAAACCAGAGACAGGAACGACUCGUGCUGUCUGUCCUCCCACGCUUUGUGGUUCUGGAGAUGAUCAACGACAUGACCAACGUGGAGGACGAACACCUGCAGCAUCAGUUCCACAGAAUCUACAUCCAUCGCUACGAGAACGUCAGCAUUCUUUUCGCAGAUGUUAAAGGCUUCACCAACCUGUCCACGACGCUGUCGGCUCAGGAGCUGGUCAGGAUGUUGAACGAACUCUUCGCACGCUUUGAUCGCCUCGCACAUGAGCAUCACUGUCUGAGGAUAAAGAUUCUGGGUGACUGUUAUUACUGUGUGUCUGGACUUCCUGAGCCCAGACCGGACCACGCCCACUGCUGUGUGGAGAUGGGCCUCAGUAUGAUCAAGGCCAUAAGAUACGUACGAUCGCGCACCAAACAUGACAUCGACAUGCGAAUCGGGAUCCACUCUGGCUCGGUUCUGUGUGGAGUACUGGGUCUCAGGAAGUGGCAGUUUGAUGUCUGGUCCUGGGAUGUGGACAUCGCCAACAAACUGGAGUCAGGAGGAAUUCCAGGGAGGAUCCACAUCUCCAAGGCAGCACUGGACUGUUUGAACGGCGACUACCAGGUGGAGGAAGGACAUGGGAAGGACCGUAACGACUUCCUGCGGCGUCACAACAUUGAGACGUUCCUGAUCAAGCAGCCAGAGGACAGUCUACUGACACUACCAGAAGACAUCAUGAAGGAGGCCAGCGGCACGGCCGACCGCUGUGCCGGCAGCGCCACCUUCAACGAGGCCUCAUGGAAUCCAGAACUGCCCUUUGACAACAUCAUGGGGAAGCACAACUACUCCCAGAUGAGGGACGAGGUCUUCAAGUCCAACCUGGUGUGUGCCUUCAUUGUCCUGGUCUUUAUCACCAUCAUCCAGAGUCUGCUGCCGUCUGCCAGGAUGUUGACGAUGCUGAUCCAGUUCUCUGUCCUCAUCCUCCUCCACUCCGCCCUGGUCCUGGUCACCACAGCCGAGGACUACAAGUGUCUGCCUCUGGUCCUGAGGAAAACCUGCUGCUGGAUCAACGAAACCUACACGGCCCGCAACGUAAUCAUCUUCCUCUCCAUCCUGAUCAACUUCCUGUCAGCCAUGAUCAACAUUCUGUGGUGCGACUUUGACAAGUCCAGCAACUUCAGGAACCAGACCUUCAACGAGUCAUCGACCAUCCCUGACGUCUGCUUCUACCCAGAGUACUUUGUGUUCACCGGUGUCCUGGCCAUGGUGACCUGUGCCGUGUUCCUGCGGCUGAACUCCGUGCUGAAGUUAGCCGUGCUGCUGGUGAUGAUCGCCGUCUACUCCCUGCUGACCGAGGCGUUCUACACGUCACUGUUUGUCCGUUACGACAACGUCCACCACAACACAGAGAACUUCCUGGGAACUAAAGAAACCUCUCUGCUCCUCAUGGCCAUGUUCCUGCUCGCGGUCUUCUACCACGGACAGCAGCUGGAGUACACCGCUCGACUAGACUUCCUGUGGCGCGUUCAGGCCAAGGAGGAAAUAAACGAGAUGAAGGAGCUGCGAGAACACAACGAGAACAUGCUGAGGAACAUCCUGCCCAGUCACGUGGCUCGACACUUCUUGGAGAAGGACCGCGAUAACGAAGAGCUGUACUCACAGUCGUACGACGCUGUGGGCGUCAUGUUCGCCUCCAUACCAGGAUUCGCAGACUUCUACUCACAGACGGAGAUGAACAACCAGGGCGUGGAGUGUUUGAGGCUCCUCAACGAAAUCAUCGCCGACUUCGAUGAGUUGCUGGGUGAGGACCGUUUCCAGGACAUCGAGAAGAUCAAGACCAUCGGCAGCACCUACAUGGCCGUGUCUGGUCUGUCGCCUGAGAAACAGCAGUGUGAAGAUAAAUGGGGUCACUUGUGUGAGCUGGCAGACUUCGCCAUCGCCCUCAACGAAAGCAUACAGGAAAUCAACAAACACUCCUUUAACAACUUUGAGCUGAGGAUCGGCAUGGCUCACGGCUCCGUGGUCGCAGGUGUGAUAGGAGCCAAAAAGCCCCAGUACGACAUCUGGGGGAAGACGGUGAAUCUGGCCAGUCGAAUGGACAGCACAGGAGUGAGCGGAAAGAUCCAGGUCCCUGAAGAAACCUACCUGAUCCUCAAGGAGCGCGGCUUUGCCUUCGAGUAUCGUGGGGAGAUCUACGUAAAGGGAAUCAGCGAACAGGAGGGCAAAAUCCGCACGCACUUCCUGCUGGGACGUGUGCAACCGAACCCGCUUAUCCUGCAGCCACGAAAAAUCACCGGGCAGUACUCGCUGGCCGCCGUGGUGCUCGGUCUGGUGCAGUCCCUCAACCGACAGAAGCAGAAGCAGAUCCUUAACGAGAACAACAACUCGGGGAUAAUGAAGGGCCACCACCACUACAACCGCAGGACGUUGUUAGCACCCGGUUGCUCCGAAGUCGGAGCGGGACAUCACACGGAAGUAGGUGAUAAGACUGAGCUGUCCUGAUCCUGUUCUGGAUGGUGUGUCCAGGGUUACCACAGAUGUUCUUCAGCUCAGAGGAACGGCUCAACGAUAACAUUUAGACACAAUUCAAACUGGUCCAACACUCGUCACCAGGUUCCCGUGGAGACAUCUUGAUCUAAAACAACGGCCAUUUUUCAAGCAAGAUCAGCAAUGAGGACAGUACCUUGUCCUGUAUCAGAACUUGCUCAAUGUUCUAUGACGUUCAGUGAUGAAAGCCUGAUCCAGCAGACAGGAGGGGGGGUUGGGACUUAAACGCCUCCCCACAAAAACAAGUUUGAGUUGUAGUAAAAAAAAAAAAAUGACAAAAAAAAAAACAAAAAAAACAAUCCAGGUCCUCCAGGACUCCUGAGGAUCUCCCAUUGUGUCAGUGAUGUCAGAGUGUCAAGGUGUUGAAGAAGACCAAGAACUCAACAAGUCUGUGAAGCUGUUAAAUGACUGUCCUUGUUUUAGGUUCUGCAUUUGUCGUGUGACCCGUCAGAACACAAGACAGGGAGUAUCACACCCCCUGUUUAAGGACACUACAGUCUUCCCACUGGGGGUGGUUGUCCCCCCCUCUGCCCCCGCCCCCUUCCUUUGUGAUCGUCAGAUUGGUUAGGAUGAUGGAAGGUUCAGUACUGCCGUGUUUCCUGUAGCACUAAUGAGCGGCUUCCUGAUGGAAAACAAUCAUGUUAUUCCCAAAACAUUCCAGGACUAUCUUAUAGCACCUGUGUGGACUGGAAGCUGGGUUUGGUUCUCCAAGGACACUGCAGGUAUACAUGCACUGAAACUGCAGAUCCCAGGUCCGCAGGGUUGUAGUCAUUUUUAAGUCAAUCAAAUGUGAAAUAAGCACAAACUCUCUCAUGUUGUCAACUGCUUCUUUAAACAUCAGGUCCACCACUAGUCCCUCGGCGUUCCAUGAAAUCCCCCCCGGAAAAAACUGAACUAGACCGCAAUAGAACCUGAAGGAGUCCAGUUUGAGUUUAUCUGCCCAAAACCCAAGAUAGUCUUUGCUAAAUGCCAAACUGCCAACUGAUUAGCUGUUAAAAUCCAAUCUUAAAACUCCCGAAGGUAAAACUCAAAGAACCCAGGUCUUCACGUUGACACCACACACCGACUGUGGUCCUGAUUAAGUAGUGAAGUUCUACAGAAUCUGAACAUUUUCCCCCAGGGUAAUGGGGUAGUUGAACCUCUGCUGCUGAACACUCACGAGCUUCUCACUCAUUUUAACACCAACAAACAUGUUCAGGUAUCUUCAAAGCUGAAGUACGUCACAAACUAUCUAUUUACAGGUUGUUGGGUUUUUUUUAGGAAAAGUGAGGAUGUACAUCCUCACUUUUCCUAAAAAAAAAACCCGUCAGCAGAGACUGUACCAGGGAAGAAAGAAAUACUGAGCAACAGGAAAAGUAACCACCACAAGCUAGGAUUCAUGGAUGUGAACAACAGCAGGUUCUGUUGACACCAGGACACGCACAGUCAGUGUUAAAGGGAAAACAGGGGCUGAUUUUUGUUAUUUUACAAUAACAGCUUCAGAAGUUAAAGGGAUCAUUCAGUUGGAAAACUAAAGCAAACUAAAGAAAAUAUGCCCUCCCAUACAAACAAAAACAUUCAAAAAAACAAGUAACAUUGAAUUUUUAAAAGUCUACCACAAAUUGGCAAAUCUCAUAUUUAAUUUCUUCUCUAUUAUUUUUCACUCAAAAUUAUUUUACAGGUUGAAAACUAGCAACAAUUUGUAACUGUGCACAAACUGAACACAGGGGGCAGCGCAGGGGGAAGCAGUGAACGAGCAGUUCCUCUGUAAACUGUAAACUUACGAUAGCUAAUAUUUAAAGAGGCACAAACACAUUUCAAUGUCACAAUUGACUAAAAUGUUCUCCAUUCAGGUUCAACUGCACCAAUUAAAUUAUCCCCAAAUUCUGGCUUUGUUCCUACAGUACGCGCCGUCAAGAACAAACGCGGGAGGCCUGUGUUUGUCGUCAUCAGCCGAGUGCUGUUCCAUACAUGAGACUGUUCCCCUUGAUCUUUUUCGUACUUCCCACUCAUAUUUGUGCUGCAGCCCCACAUCCUUGUCCACUGUCCAUCUUUGUUUUGUAUUUAUUUUAUAUCUGACAAUAAAAAGGGUGUAUUUUUGUUUUUAAAAAAGAAAACAAUAAUCGUGUGAUUGUCAUCAUUUAUGGUUUGACCAACUAUUACAUAGCAACGUAUCGUACCAAAUAUGAUGAAUGUGGUUUCAGGAUAAACUUUUGUUAUCUUUUCUGACACAGCAAUAAUUUGGUAAUGUCUUUGUUAAAAUUACUUGAACUUUUUAUUACUUUUUUUUAUUAUUAUUAUUUUUCUUAUACUGAAAAGUAUAAUAUUCUACUACUGCAAUAAAAUGUAAACACAAGUGGAAAAAAGAGCAAUGCAGCGAAGUUCAAAUAAACUAUUAAAGAAAUGUAUAUAAUAUCAUGUAAAUAAAAUGUCAAAACAUACAAUAUACUGCAUAAAUAUAAUGCAAAUGACGCUAGCAGCAGUUAUCGUGACUAAUAAUACUUAAAAAGGUUUUAGGCCAAAAUAUAUUUGCUCAUGUUCAAGUACCAUAUAUGUCAAUAUAAGUUAAGACAUAAUUUAAAUCUGGCCACAUCAUUCAGAUGCUGACGUUCGCAUCAUCAUCAUACAGCUCGAAAGUUACGAUAUUCGCUAACGUUCACUUCUUAAAGUCUUAAAGUAUUUCAACGUAAUUUGUUUACUGACUAGUGAGGUUCAAAAAUGUAAAUGAUUGACGUACUCACGGAAGAAAGUUGAAAAUGUGGAUUACGUCGAGUGCUAAUAGAGUAACUUGUUUCCCUCCAACAAGGAAACUCAACACUAUGUCAGGUUUACUGAUAAUAUCUGUCGAAACUACUACUUCUAAAUACAUUUGACAUGAAAAAAAAACGAAAAAUAAUUUGUCGUGAAAAAUUCAGACAUGUAAUAGCAAAACGGAAAUGGUAAAAAUAUGGCUCUAAAAAAUGCAUUGCUAGUACAAGUGCAUGCUAAUUCGCGUUAGCUCGCUAUUUCAUAUCGACGAACUUGAUUUGAAGUAUAUUGUGUCAAGUCAAGCACCGUUGUGCGCACCCUGUGUAAUAAUUAAAUACUUUACACUCCGAUGUUGGGUCACUUACGUGGUCACAAACGCAUUCCGUAGUGUUUUUGGUUAUUUUUCUUCAAGGAUUUUGGACAAGUCAGGUUGUUUGUAUGAACAACAUUAGGACCCGCCCACACCGUGAGGGGUUGACUCAAAGCGUGCCUAAUUAAAAUGUCUGUAUAACAGCUCGUCCAACCUGCAAAUGACGAAAGAAUAAAAUUAUUUUUCUUGUUCUUGAUAAUUAAGUCAGAAAAUAACGUGUUUUUACUUAGCAAUGGAGGCGGAUGUUAAUUAAAAAAUCUGUACUACAUGUAUUAUUUACUUUACUAAAUAUAUAUAUAUAUAAUUAUUUUCCUGCGGAUUGUUGCCCGUCAAUGUACUGUAUCUAUUCUUUAAAAUCCCAUCAAGUUUUGUAAAAGAUAAAGAAGAUAAAAAUGUGUCUCAGUGCAUGUAUGUGUGCAGUCGCAGCAGCUUCUCUCUGUUUCCAGGCAAAGAGUCUAAAAGCAGCCAAUCACAAUGAAGCUGGAAGAAACCUGAACCAAUGGAGUGUUGGGGAAUGUUUCAGCCACGAGUACUGAAGUGCAGGAGUGUGUGAGGACACUACCGUCGUCUAAACCAGUUUAAUAUUCAGAUAAAAAAUAGAUAAUUAAUAGAACAAUUCACGUCUUCAUCAAAUUUACUAAUGUCGGCAACUGUGGAUGUUUUUGUGAAGAUGAGGUCACGUGGUCAGUUUUAAUAUAUAUGUAUAUGUGCACAGCUACAAACACUGACCUCAGCUGUUGAGUCUGUGGGGGUUUGAGUCAAAUGGUUUUAUUAAGAGAGCACUUUAUCUCGGAGUUUCCAUUUUUCACAUUUUAUUUCUGUUGCACCAUUAACAACUACGUAUAAUUCCAAAUGUGGGUACAUUUUUAACAUUAGGCUGAGUGGUGGUGUAGAAACAUGGGAUGGAAGUGACAGUAGCUGCCAUGAAUCAAGACUGAAAAUUGUCAUCAUUAAUUUUUUUUUGUCCCAAACAGUUGUGGCUA